AUGACGCGCGUGCGCCGCGCCAUGGAGGCGUUCCGCGCGAUCGCGGACCCGCUCGAGCGCUACGUCUACCUGCGCGAGCUCCAGCGCGCGAGCGCGGAGACGUUUUAUCGCGCGCUCGUGCGCGAACCGCUCGAGCUCAUGCCGUUCGUGUACACGCCCACCGUGGGCGAGGCGUGCGAGAAGUAUCACCGCCUGGGCAUCGAGACGAACGGGGUGUACAUCACGGCGGACGACGCGGGACGCGUGGGGGCGAAGCUGCGAGGACACUGGGAUCGGGCGGCGGCGGCGCGCGCGAGGGCGCGCGAGGGGCUCGACGGCGAAGCGGCGAAGCGACGAGGGGUCGAUCGUCGCGCGCGCGCCGACGACGGCGUCGCCGUGGCGGUGGUGACGGAUGGAGAACGGAUCUUGGGGCUCGGUGAUCUCGGCGCGGGCGGAAUGGGGAUCAGCGAGGGGAAGAUUUUGUUGUACACGGUGUGCGCGGGCGUGCGGCCGUCGGCGUGUUUGCCGGUGUGCCUGGACGUCGGGACGAAUAAUCAGAGAUUGCUGGACGACCCGAAUUAUAAAGGAUUGCGACGGACGCGGCUGAAGGGGGAGGCGUACGACGCGCUGGUGGACGAGUUCAUGCGAGAGAUGCGGGCGUGGCAGCCGAGGUGUUUGGUGCAGUUUGAGGAUUUCGGCAACGCGAACGCGUUUCGUAUCUUGGAAAAGUAUCGCACGACGGGACCGUGCUUCAACGAUGACAUUCAAGGCACCGCCGCGAUCACGCUCGCGGCGCUGCUCAGCUCGUUGCGAGCGACGAAAGGGAAACUGGAGGAUCAAAAGGUUUUAUUUUACGGCGCCGGCGAGGCGGGCGUCGGCAUCGGCGAGCUCAUCGCCAUGGCGAUGGAGAAGACUGGGAUGUCGCACAAGGAAGCCAUGGAGCGAUGUUACUUCAUGGAUUCCAAGGGUCUGGUUUGCAAAAGUCGUCUGGAUGGAUUGCAGCCGCACAAGGUGGCGUUCGCGCACGACGUCGAGUAUCAGCCCGAUUUACUGUCGGCGAUUUCCGCCGUCAAGCCCACGGCGUUAAUCGGCGUGAGCACGAUCGGCGGGGCGUUUACGGAAGACGUCGUCAAGGAAAUGUGCGCUCUGAACGAGCGGCCAAUCAUUUUUCCGCUGAGCAAUCCCACGUCGAAGUCAGAGUGCACGUUUGAGCAAGCCAUGGCUUGGAGCGACGGCAAAGUCGUCUUCGCCAGCGGGUCGCCGUUUGAUCCAGUCGUGCGCCCGCGAGAUGGCGUAAAAGUCUUCCCAGCGCAAGCGAACAACGCGUACGUUUUCCCGGCGCUCGGCUUCGCCGCCGCUCUCACGGGGGCGUCGCAAAUCACCGACGAUUUAUUCCUCGCCGCCGCCGAAUCGCUCGCGUCCAUCACAACCGACGCGGAGAUCGACGCCGGCCAUUUAUUCCCGGACAUGAACUCCAUCAGACAAGUCUCAGUAACGUUAACCGCGGAGAUUUGCGAGAUGAUUGUGAAAUCCGGCCUCGGUCGCGCCCCGAGCGGGGUGUCCACGCACGCGGACUGGUUGGCGUACAUCGAGUCGCACCAAUACGACCCGGGCGAGGAGCAACCGAUAUCCAAGCUCUAAGCUUUCGCACGCCGUAGCAUCGCC